AUGAAUCAUUCCUCACAACCCAAACCAACUCCACCCUCUGAUUCCAUCACCUCGUCACAACCCAAACCGCCACCACCGUCUGAUUCCACCGCCAAUCCAUCAUUAUUACUAUCAUCUUCUCAAUCGGAACCGCCACUUCCUCCGCCACCUCCCGGAUUGGCUUGGAAGAUAAUCAAAUUGCUUGUCUCUGUGAUUUCCGAUAGUCUAGGGUUGAUUUCUGGUGCAGUUGGUUUGGGAUUAUGGGCGGCUGGUGGUGUUCUUUCGUAUUCGUUGGGCUUCAUGGGCUUGGGAUCGGGAUCAGGAUCAGGUUUGGGCUUGGCAACUUCGUCUUCAUCAGCUUCUGCGUCGUUGGUUUCUGUGUCGGCGGCGACUACUGAAGCUAUGGAUUUUGUUUCGGCUUUUGAGAAGGACUAUGGAAUGGGGAGACCUAAUUUUGUGAGUGAGGGUUUCAUGGACGCGCUUCAGAGGUCGAGGAAUUCGUUUAAGUUGUUGUUUGUUUACUUGCAUUCUCCUGACCAUCCUGAUACGCCAUUGUUUUGUCGGAGGACGCUUUGUUCGGAUGGGUUUGUUGAGUUUGUGUAUCAGAAUUUUGUGUGCUGGGGUGGGAGUAUUCGGGCUAGCGAAGGAUUUAAGAUGAGUAACAGUUUGAAGGCUUCGAGGUUUCCUUUUUGUGCUCUUGUUAUGGCUGCAACUAAUCAGAGGAUUGCACUACUUCAACAGUUUCGAGACCAAAUGCUGAAUGAGUGGUAA